AUGGAACAGUCUUUACCAAAUUUUGCAAAAGAAGCCUUAUCUACAUUGAAGAAUAGCUUCUUUCAAGGCAGGGGAGGACAUUAUGCACAAAUGGACCAGGAAUCGGAGAACGAAGACAAUGGAGAUGACAAUACCAUGUCUCAUAGCUUAUUUUAUUCCAUUCAUCAAAAUCAACACAAUAUAAAUGAAGACAGUAUACCGCUGACUGAAUCAAAUGCCUAUUCAGAUAGAAGCCAGCUACUGUUUGAGCAAGAGGAUGAUGCAGAUUAUGAUGAUUCAGAUGUAGAAGAGAGCCCUAAACCUUCGGCCAUCUAUCUUGAUCAACCCAGCAGUUCCACAUUUGAUUUUGCAAAUACAAGGUCCUUAUCAGAAUCAUUACUGCCAACAUCCGCAUCGAUACCACCUGGAAUCACAGCCGCUGCGGACAGGAAAUACAGAGACCCCAUUUUCGCUGGACUAUAUGCCAUCUGCUUUGCAAUAUUCUUCAUAUCGGGUUUGAUUACAUUAUUUACCACCAAUAGUCACGCUAUCGAAGACUAUGUCAAGGGAUCUACGUUCAAAGCAAUAAGAGAUAGCGCAGGCAUCUUGUGUAUUAUAAUUGCAACCGCUUUAUUGAUUGGAACCAUCUGGCUGUAUAUAUUACGUACAUUUACGAAGACAUUUGUGUGGGGAACAGUGGUGUGUGUGCCAAUCACGCUGACUGUUGUGUUUAUAUGGACGCUGGUAGAGUCAUUACAGAGCAACUUUGUGUAUGAAGGGGAGAAACGAUCUUCAGCAAACGACACUGGAUUGACCGUCAUGUCAUUUAUUCCUCUCAUCCUAAAUCUGAUUUACAUCAAGGUGAUAUUUGAUAACAAGCAUAGAAUCAAUCAAACGGUGUCUGUUAUAGAGCUUGCAUGUGAUGUUGUUCGAUUUAAUCCUGGUAUCAUUCUUGUAUCUUUUGUUUUAUUGGCUACCUUCAUUGCGUUCUCUAUUGUAUGGAUUACAUUUUUCAAUCGACUAUGGUUAAUUGGUCAUUUGGGCGAUAAAUCUUCAAUGACGGGUGCUAUCUGGGUGGUCAACAACUAUGUGUAUUCAUUAGCGGCAUUCUACAUAUUCAUCUUUAUGUGGACAGCCAAAUUACUGGUGUAUAUGGAGAGAUUUGCCUUGUCAGCUAUCACUGCUCAAUGGUAUUUUCAUCGCAAUGACCCCUCGACGACAAACAACAACCCGCCCUGGAAGAGUGCACUGAUAAAAGCUUCAACCACAUCGUUUGGAACGCUUGCAUUUGGAAGCUUGAUUUUGGCAAUCAUCCAAUUCUUACAAUUUGUUGCCAGAUCUAUUAGAAAGUAUUCCAAAACAGCAAAGCCAUUUGCAGCAGUACUAUCCUUCAUACUACGAUACAUCGACGCUCUUGUUAGUACGUUCAGUAAUUAUACGAUUAGUUUGGCUGGUAUCACAGGGGAGAGUUUCUGCUCUGCUGCUACAUCUGCAACCAAGAUAUUUAGACGCAAUUUGCUAACUGGGUUGUUUGGUGAUCUUUUGACACAACUGAUUCUAUAUAUUGGAGCAAGUGUCAUCGCAUUGUCAUCUGGUUUCGGCGCUUAUGUUUAUGCCACUCAUAGCCUACACUCUCCUCAUGGAUUUCUGGUGGGGCUCAUCGGAACAUUGAUGCCUUGGUAUUUGUCUCAGUUCUUUUCGUACACUAUGAUGAGCAUCAUUGAUGCAAGUUUUCUUUGUUAUGCUAUUGAUUUAGACACAGGCACAGUUCAUCUGAGUGCUGCUCAUACUGCUUUUUCAGGUUUUGAUUAA